CUACUACUACUAUCAGUCUAUUAGUCCAUCAGUCUCUUAGUACUAGUCUGCUGCUAUCUUAACUCCUUCUGCUGCUAUCAUGUCUGCUCCAUUCAAGCUAGGCAGCAAAAAAGUCUACCUCCCCUCAACCAUCUUCACGCUCGUCAGAGGCUCAGGCAGACUCCCUGCCAACCAAGCCAUGUUCCAUGUCCCACUCAAAGUCAACAAGUUUGACGUACGAGACUACCUCUUCAACUUAUAUGGACUCGUCACAACCAGUGUCAAGACGAUGAUCCAACAGAGUCCCUUGCAACGCGGCACGAACAAGCAACGUGCGCGCGGUCUGCAUUUCAUGAAACCGCUACAAAUGACGAGACCUGCUUCAAGUAAGCGUGUCAUUGUCACCAUGGAACAGCCAUUCACAUAUCCCGAGGCUUACGCAUCAGCCGAGAGUCUGAAGCCUUGGAAUGUCGAGAUGAGUGAGCGUAUGCGGCAAAGAGCCAUGAGCGGACGGAGAGGACUCACGCGUGGCAAAAUGACGAGAUUCCAAGUGAAUGGUCGGUCUGAGAAGCGUCUUGCCAAGUAGAAGCGUAGAACAAGACUUCAACAAGUCCCAU